AUGGGUGUUCAGAAGAAGACGAGGAAGUUCGCCGAGGUCAAGCGAGUGAUCGGAAAGAACGAUGCCAGACGCAAGGAGAACCUGAAGAAGGCGGAGGAGGCCGUCGAGAAGGCCAAGCGCGAGCGAAGAGGAGUCGACGGCGAGCUCGUCCGCGAGAUCCCACAAGUCCCGUCUCAUUUUUUCUUCCAGCACAAUGAGGCCCUAGUCCCGCCCUUCAGCAUACUCGUAGAUACGUCGUUCUUCUCAAGGACCGUUUCUAUGAAAUUGCCACUCUUAGAGACGAUGAUGGACUGCUUAUAUGACUGUGUCAUGGCGGAGUUGGAGAAGCUGGGACCCAAGUUCCGCAUCCCUCUGCGUAUCGCCCGCGACGAGAGGUGGCAGAGAGCCAAGUGCGAUCACAAGGGAACCUAUGGUGACGACUGCUUGAUCAGCCGUGUUCAAAAAGACAAAAUCUACAUUGUCGCAACCAACGAUCGUGGCUUGCAGCAGCGUAUACGCAAGAUUCCUGGAGUCCCGAGUGAGUGGCCCCGCGGCUCCAGUCCCUCAGGCGGACGCACGCUAACAGAUCCAACAGUCAUGAAGUGCGCCCGCGGAAAGUACCUGAUCGAGAGACUGCCUGGUGCUCCGGAGUAA